GCGCUCAGCCAGCCCGCGGCGGCUUCCCGCAGCGCGCCUCGCGCCCGGGUCCCCGCGCUGUCUCCUCGCGGCUAUGGAACUCCGGUCGCUCCUUCGGCUCCUGCCGCCCGUGCUGGCCGCGCUGGGCGGCCUCGGGGGCUCAGCGACCGAUGAAAUACAGUGUCAGAUGACGAGGCAAGCUGAAUGUGGUGGGAGAUGCAUUCCUGUGGCCUGGCUCUGCAACGGAGAGCAGGAGUGCCCGGAUGGGGCGGACGAGCAGUGUGAGGAAGUAUGUCACGGACACCCACAGGCCUGGCAGUGUGAUGAUGGGAGAUGUAUUUCCAUUCACUGGCUUUGUGAUGGUGUCAGUGAUUGCUUAGAUGGCUCUGAUGAGGUUAACUGCGAGAGAAUGACGGCAUGUCCAGACCCAAAAAUCCAGUGUCCAGGAGAUCCUCAGUGCCGUGAUGCCUGGGAACCCUGUGAUGUAGAUGACUGUGGAGGUGGGCUCGGGGAAGCACACUGCCCCCGGCACCGGUGCCUGGCUGGGCAGUGGCAGUGCAGGAACGAGGUGUGUGUCCUGGACCGCUGGCGGUGUGAUGGCAUCGACCACUGUGGGGACUCCUCAGACGAGGAGGGCUGUGCUUCCUGUCCACAAGGCACGGUUGGAUGUGAUGAGGGGAAAUGCAUCCUAGAAUCCCUGAUGUGUGACGGGAGCGUGGACUGUACAGAUGGUACCGAUGAACCCACUACGUGUGGGAAAAACUGCUCUCUGGCCAAUGGGGGCUGUGAGGGGCAGUGCAGGGACACAGCCUGGGGUGUCCAGUGUUCAUGUGGAACUGGAUGGCGAUUACAGCCGGAUGGUUGGAGCUGUGGAGAUGUGGAUGAGUGCUCUACGGCAUACAGCCCCUGUGGCCAGCUGUGUCAUAACACAGCAGGGUCUUACUCCUGCGGGUGUAUUCGAGGUUACCAGCUCCACAAUGGCACCGACUGUCGAGUUACAGAUGAUGCUAUUAAAAUUCUUAUCGCAGCAGACAGAGAACUUGGUGUACUGGAUCGAAGAACAGGCAUCUAUGAGACUCUGGUACCUAUAAAAUCAAGGCCUACUUCUGUUGCAUAUGAUCUGGAGAGAAGUAUGUACUUCUGGGUGGAUGAAGUCUUAAAUAUGUUUGUUCUUGGGAAGCCGAACUCUGUUCCUCUCUAUCCAGAACUUAAAGCAAUCAACAGUAUCUCUUUGGACUGGUUCACGGGACAGUUGUAUUGGGCUAGCAGCUUUGCCAGGGUCAUCUGUGCUGGUUUAAGUGACGGCAGAGGCUACGUCAGAAUCCUGGAAAAGGAUCUUGUGCCAGAGCAGCUAAUAGUGUUUCCUGCAAAGAAGUACCUGUACUGGGUAAAUAGAGGAGGGAAAGGCCUGAGGACUAUUGAAACGGCAGGGAUGGAUGGCUCUGAUAGGAAGGUGCUGGCAGUGGUGAACAUGGAGGAACCCUCAGGGCUAACACUAGACCACGUGGCUGGCAGGCUCUACUGGAUCAGUGCAUAUAAAGAGUCCAUAGAGACGGUGAACGUGGAUGGAGCUGGGAGGCACACCUUCCCCAAGGUCUUCUUGGAAGGUGAAGAUCCAGUGGGACUGGCUGUAUUUGAGAACUCUUUCUUCUGGACAAAUAAACUACAGCUGUUUCAUGCUUCACCCCACAACCCGCAGGAGAGAGUGGUGCUGCUAAACGCUUCCAUAUCUGCCUUCUCGGUGCUCCACAAAUCCCAGCAGCCUAAGAGCAGAUACCCAGCAUGCGUUCCAGGUUCUUGCAGCCACUUAUGUCUCCUGUCCCCCGUCCAUCCCAAGGGCUAUAAGUGUGUUUGUCCAGAGGGGAUGUUUCUUUUACCUUCGGGCACAUGUAGUGAGUUAAAACUAGUGUUUUCCUCUGGCAAACGUCUCUACUUGUUGAAGGUUGGCUUUAUGGGAACUGCUAUAGAGAGGAGCCUAGUGCAAGAGCAUCCAAGGAACAUCUAUUUACUGGACAUUGACUGGAAAAGAAACCUCGUCUACUGGACAAAUACCCAGGGACAUCUGUUCUGCUCAACUGGCUAUUCAGGGGAAAAGCAAGAGAUUUGGACAGAGCGUACAGUCUGUUCAGCAAAUGUGGACAUUCCGACUGGGAACUUGUACUGGCUGCCCUGUGACACAAGUGCUAUUCAGAGGACUAGAAUCACUGGCCCAGACACCCAUACCCUGUAUAGAACGGGCAGAGUUAUACUGCAUCUCCUUCUCGAUUGGCCGAAGAGGCUGCUGUACUGGGUGGAGAGUGGGGAACACUUGCAAAGCAUGACCCUUGAUGGCAAAAGCAGAUGGGCAGUCUGGAGAGGAACCUGGACGGCGGACACCCACGUGACCUUAGACCUUGGCUCGUCUAGCAUCCUCUGGACCACCAAAGGGUUAGGGUUGCAAAGUCUGAGUCUCCGAAAAAACAGAACCUACAUUUUGAACAAGACCUGGAGUGAUGGGAUGAUCGUGGCCCACGAGCCCUACCUGGUGACUCUGAACAGAACAGCUCUCAUGCUGUGGAACAGGAGGAUGCCAGAGCCCUUCUCAGUGUUGAAAGAGCCCUACAUACAGAAGAUGAUCAUCCUGGCAGAGAACCUGGAGGUGCCAGAUCCUGAGGUCAAAGGACCUGCCACACCCACCCCUCCUCCACCCCCUCCGCCACCCCCUCUCCUCUGCACCCGAUCUUCUGUGCCGUGUCGGGAUGGGCUGGAGUGCAUCUCCCGGGGGUACCUCUGCGAUGGCAAGCAGGACUGCGGGGACGGCUCGGACGAAGAGAACUGUUCCCGCUUCUGCAACAGGGCAGGGGUCUUCCAGUGUCUGGAUGGAAACAAGUGCAUUGAGGAGAAGUACCACUGUGAUGGGGCCCGGCAAUGCCUGGAUGGCUCGGACGAGCUGGGUUGCUGGAAGCCUGUUGAAGACUGCUCUCUGCGUUGUGACAACAAGACCCGCUGUAUCCCCAAGAGCUGGCUGUGUGAUGGCAACCCUGACUGUUCUGACAGAAAAGAUGAACAAGGAUGUAUUCAUGAAAAAUGCAGUGCAUCUGAAUUUAAAUGUGAGAAUGGCCAAUGUAUAUCUUCUUCCCUGCGUUGCGAUGGGAACCGGGACUGCCUGGACCACUCAGAUGAAGAGGGCUGUUCUGCCUGGCCCCUGCCAUGCCCGUCAGGGGAGGUGAAGUGCCCGAGGAGUGGAGAGUGUGUGUUGGCAGACUGGAUAUGUGACCACGACUUAGACUGCAAAGAUGGAACUGAUGAGAAGGACUGCGACCCCGAGGAGCUUCGCUGUGGCUCGAGGCAGUGGCCCUGUGCCAGUGGAGACCAGUGCGUGCCUGAGCCCUGGCGCUGUGAUGGGCAGAGUGACUGCAGGGACGGCAGUGAUGAGGCCGGAUGCCCCCCGGAGAACUGCGGGAGUUCCGAGUUCCAGUGCCGCUCUUCUGCCUGCCUGGACCUCAGCCUGGUGUGUGAUGGGAAGGAGGACUGUGCCGACGGCUCCGAUGAAGGCGAGCAGUGCUCGUCCGCGUGCAGCCAGAAACAGUGUUUCCACACCUGCUACCCAUCUCCACGUGGGCCUGUAUGUGCUUGUGAGCGAGGCUUUGAUCUGAAAAGCGGUGGGCGAAUCUGCGAGGAUGUGGAUGAAUGCCAGAGAUUGGGUGGUCAGCCUUGCAGUCAGACCUGUAUCAACACCAAGGGCUCCUAUAGCUGCACCUGUCAUCCUGGCUACUCGCUGGAGCCUGAUGGCCAUACCUGUAAAGCAACAGGUACUGAACCGAUCCUGCUUGUGGCAAUUCAGUUUAAGCUACUCCUCUAUGGAUUGCGGAGCUUAAAAGAAGAUAUUCUGGCAACUAUAGACAAGAACCUGAUUAUUUUCUCUAUUGACUAUGACUUAGUGGAUCAGAAAGUCUUCUGGACCGAUACCAGUGCAGAAAGUAUUAGAUGGAUAAGCAUGGACACAAAGAAGAAAGGGACUGUGGUGAAAGGAAUAAAGUCAGACUAUAUAGCGGUUGACUGGAUUGGGAGAAAUCUCUACUGGACAGAUGGGACAGCUGGUCAGAUUUUGGCAAUUCAGUUGACUGCUGUUUGGAGAGGAAAAUCUGAGUACACGAUCGUCCUGGACGAUGACUUGAACCAACCACGGUCUUUGGCUUUAGAUCCCCUAAAUGGGUUAAUGUACUGGUCUGAAAUUGGAGGAGAACCUCAAAUAGAACAAGCUGGAAUGGAUGGGAGCAGCAGAAAAAUACUCCUCAAUCAAGGUCUUGGCCGGCCAACUAGCAUAGCUCUCGACAAGUUGAGUUGGAAGAUAUUCUGGUCUGAUGACAAAUUUCACUGCAUUGGCUCUGUCAAUCUAGACGGUACUGGUAUUAGCAUGUUGCAGCUAACACAAAUCAAGAGCCCCUUUUUGGUUGCUGUGUUUGAAGAUGAAGUCUUCUGGUCUGAAAUGAAGACGAGAACAGUACAGCGCAUGAAAAAGACGACGGGCAAGAACAGGGCUGUCCUCAUCAAGCGUUUGGAGCAGCCUUACGGACUUAAGAUAAUGCACGAAGUGCUCCAGCCCAGGUCUUCGAAUCCUUGUCUGGACACUGGAUGUUCUCACUUGUGCCUUCUGAGCCCGCAAUCCAAGGGAAGCUGUCGUUGCCCAGUUGGACUCCUGCUUGCAGAUGAUGGCGUCAACUGUGUUCCACUCAAGGAGUCUGCGUUUCUGUUCCUUGGGUUGCCCACAGUUAUCAUGCAGAUUUAUCUGAAAAAUCUAGAAGCUUCAGGAGGACAAGCAACCUUGCCAGAACAUAGGCUUCUUCCCUUUACCAAUGUGAACCAGCUUGCAUCAAUGGACUACCUUGUCCAGGAGAAGGUACUCUACCUGUCUGAGAUGAAUAAGGGUGAUAUCUGGCUACUGAGGCUCAAAGAAUCUGGAAAGCUCUCUUGGAGGAAAAUCGUAUCUGUGGAGGGCACAGUGAUUGACCUUGCUGUGGACUGGUUGAGUGGACACAUAUACUGGAUUGACAGUGAGAAUCCUUACAUCAACGUAGCUUCCUCCAAAGGCCAGUAUGCCACGGUCUUGCUCAGUGAAAGUCUUUACCGCCCAACCUCUGUCGUGCUCCACCCGCCGAGUGCAGUCAUGUGCUUUGUGGACCUGGGUCCCCAGGAUGAUGGUAGGCGUGGCUCCAGCAUUGAAUGUGCCUCCAUGGAUGGCAGCAAGAGGAAGGUGCUCUGGCAGAAACCCCAGGUCCCUGUGGGCCUGACCUUUUCUGAUGCAGGGACCCGAUUGUACUGGGCUGAUCCUGGGAGAGGACUCAUAGAAAGUAUUCAACAGGAUGGCUCUAGAUACAGACUAGACCGCAGAGGAAUUCAGGGCCUUAACCUCUUCACGUAUGGCCAAGGCAUGAUGUUCUGGAGCACAGUGGAUGAUGCCCAAAUCAAUAAAGUUUGGUACAGCAAAGCAGAACUUUCAGAAAACCAGUGGUUCCAAGUAGACCAGAAGAUUGUGGAUUUAAAAGUUUAUAGUAAACUUAGCCAACAGGGUAGUAACCAUUGCUCAAAAGACAAUGGAGGAUGCAGCCAUAUCUGUUUACCAAACCCGGAAGGACAGACUUGUAAAUGUCCCAGUGGGUACUACUUGGCUGACAUAAGGAAAUGUAUUGAAGCUGUCCGAUGCUCUGCGCUGUCACAAUCCUGUAAGGAUGGUCAGAAAUGCAUUUCUGUGGCGCAGGUUUGUGAUGGUCGUGCUGACUGUCUGGAUGGAUCUGAUGAAAUGGACUGUACCUAUCCACAUAAAACCCAUUCGACACCAACACCUAAAAUGUCAGAGGCUGGAAAAAGACUGACACCAAAAGCUGCUCAACCUCUCCAGGGCACCAAGUCUACCAAGGCUAAAUCUCCAGGUCCAGAGGCGAUGAAUUAUCCUGUCAGAAAAACGCUAACCCCUCUGAUGCCUGCUGUAGAGAGCAAGACUCCAGAAACCAAGGAAGGAGUUCAGCCCAAGGACUCACAGAAGGGAAAACUUCUGCUCUGUAGCAGUGAUUUCUGUAAUGGGAGGGGAAUCUGUACAAUGGAAGGAGAGCUGAGAAAAUGCAGCUGUCUGAUGGGAUAUGGCGGAGAGUUCUGUGAAGAAGCAGCACAUAGACCUGCCCCUGGCCACAUGGCCCUCAGCUUAACCAUAGCCCUGUCAGCUGUUCUGGUCAUGCUGGGAGCAUUUGUAUAUUUCAGAAGAGAACACAAAUUAAAACGAAACAGUACAGCAUCAUCAAGGAAUUUGACCUGCCAUAAAGAAAAUAACCAAGAAGAGGAGAAUCUAAUGAAUAGUGAGACUUUUGUCAAUGAAGCCUAUGAUGAAGAGGUAUGCCUGGGAACUGUCUUCGAGGAAAACAGGUGGUGAGAUCCAGUCACAAAAUGCCCCUUCCAAAAUAUCCUAGCAGGGUGAAAGUAGGCAGUGUUAACUUAAAGAGUUUUUUGUUAUUGGCGAAUGAUGUUAUCAUGUAGACCAAAUGAAUGCUCAGUAACUUUUUUGAUUUCAGAUUCUGUUCAGUCUCUAGUUGUUCAAACCAAAGUGAAACAUACAUGAAAUAGUAAUCCAGAAAUUUGGCUUUUGGUGGACUUCCAAAAGGAGUUCAAUACUCUUGUGGGGUGGAGUGAGGUGUAUUCAGGGUUAGUUAACAUUACCCUUAAAAUUUAUGUCCCUCCCAUCCCGUGAUCUCUGCUAACUUCCACAUAGCUCAACCACCUCUGUGUUUUUGCUUUGUUUUAA